GCGACAACCCCUCCUCUUAGACCGGUGCCAGCUGCCAACAGGAAGUCAACAUUUACAGGAAACCAGCGUAAGCUGUCUUUUGUUUUGUUUUGUGUUUCUUUUUGUGUACCAAAGUAACCAUAUGUUUGUUUUUUUGUUAACGUAGGAGUCUUUAUCGUGUGUUAAGUUGGACUUCACACCGUCUGUUUGUGUUGAGGCGUUCUUGUCUUCAGAACUGGUUAUUUUGUGGCGUUGUCAGGGAGUUAGCUUAUCAGGCUAACAGCGGAGCUAACAGGCCUCCAGACCAUCUGUUCAUUGUCUGCUGGUGCGCCAGAGUCUGGUUUUAUCAAGCCCCUCGCUUUUUCUUCGGACAUACUGUGUGUACCGGAGAGAAAAGGACGCCCGAGCCGCUGUCAUACCGCCAUCGCCCAGGUAUCGCCAUCCGCACCGGCUUACAGGCCUUGGUCUGCUCAAUCACUUGGCUUAUCCCAGAAAGCUACUAACGGGAGUGCUACAGAUCAGCAGUGACUGGCACUUCUGACAACACCGACUACUUAGGAGACGCGACAAGCCAUGUACGCUCCACCGGGUUCCAACCUCCCCGGAGGUCGGAGGAGGAGAGCGGGCACCUCGCUGCCCAAGCAGCCGGAGCGGAGCCUGGUGUCGGCCGUGCCCGGAGCUCUGUCCAUCACAGCGCUGUGCACGGCUCUCGCUGAACCGGCCUGGCUCCGGGUUCACGGAGGGGCCUGCCCCAGACAGGAGCUGGGGGUCGCGGAUGUCCUGGGGUACAUCGAUCCCAAGCUUCUGGAGGAUUACUGCGUGAACCCACAGACCAUCCUGCUGCUGAGGGUCAUCGCCGCGUUCUGCUUCCUGGGGAUAUUAUGCAGCCUGACUGCAUUUCUGUUGGACGUGUUCGGACCCAAACACCCGGCCCUGAAGAUUACACGCAGAUAUGCCUUUGCACACAUACUAACAGUGUUGCAGUGCGCCACAGUAAUUGGAUUUUGCUACUGGGCCUCGGAACUGAUCCUGUCGCUCCAGCAGCAGCACAAAAAGUACCACGGCUCUCUCAUAUACGUCACUUUUGCCGUCAGCUUCUACCUGGUGGCCGGUGCGGGCGGCGCGUCGAUCCUCGCCACCGCUGCGAACCUCCUGCGCCACUACCCCACCGAGGAGGAAGAGCAGGCCCUGGAGUUGCUCUCGGAGAUGGAGGACAGCAGCGAGACUUUUCCUGCCGAUUAUGACAUUGCCAAUCAGUUUCAGCCGCCGCCUGCCUACACGCCCUAAUCCAACCAGACUGGCCUUGCAAACAUGUUUCUCUCUGAGCACAGCUCUUUGCUUGAUGUGCAAACCACGCUCAAUUUAUCAAAUGGAUACCUUUGCAAAUACUCUAUGGCUAUGAACGUAACGCGUGCACAAACGUUAGUGCACUGAUUCCUUGAAAAGACGGUGGCUUGGGUGCAUGGAAGCUUUCUAUAGUGGUGGCAUCGAUUUAGGAGUUAAUUCUUACUUAAUUCUCACUGCUGAAGUGGUUAGUGAUUUGCAUGUAAAUGGCUUUUAGGAUCUGGUCCUUACAUGUAAAGAUAAGUCAUCUGCAAAAAAAGAAAAGAAAAGCACCAAACGGUGCUCAUCACAAGAAGUGGAAGCAGCAGCUGCAGCCUGAUCAACGCUGUUGUUGAAUGUUGUCAUCAGCCAUAGUUAUGAUCGGACUUAGGCGGAGCUUUGUCAAACAGCAUUGUGAUUUAAUUUGAUAUACUUGCCAUGUGUAUGAUUUUUAUUUCUUUUUUUAUCUUGGUGCUGCAUAAUUGCAGAAAUCCAUCAACUCGGACAAGAUUGUUUCAAACGUGUAUUUUAUACAGAAACGGACCUUAUUUAUUCCGCGUUGUCUUUUUUGUCUUUCUUUUUUUUCUUUAUCACGCACUAGUUUCACCUCCGCCGUUCACCUCUGCGCAAGAAAUAACGAAAGCAUUUACAAAAACGUGGGGCGGGGCUUUUUUCGGAGUUGCAGACACACAGGACUGUUGUUCAGCAGCGAACCUCACAUCAUCAGAGUUGGUUAUGUCAUGUUUGUUGUGUUUGAGUUUUAACAAAAGAGAAUCUGUUUGUACCCUGAAUACCAUUUGUGACCACCUGUAGGUGCUUCCCAUGCGUGAGUUCUGCCGAUUUCAGGUUUUUAGGUGACGAAUCAUGGAUCUUAUGUGAACUUUCCACAUAAGGUUCCUGCUGACGUUUGAGUUUGUGACUGAUGUGGUGAUUGUAGUCGGUUGCACAUUUGUUCUGUUUCUACAUAUAUAUAUUUUUUUUCCCCCACUGCAUUUUCUUCACCUUUAUGUAAAUAGUCAUUGUUGAUACAUACAGUAAAGUGGCCAUAAUAAAAUAAAUGUUAUAUUUUGCCUUCUGUUGUUCAUCAGUACAUUUGCAAUUAUAAUUUCUCCCUGAACCUUCACUGUGAGUUGUCUUCAUCUACAGGUGCAUCUCAAUAAAUGAAAGUAUCAAAAAGUU